CCACAGUGCGACUCACACACACAGGUCACAGGCCACAGCGGCUCGGCCUCGUCCAGCACUCUCGUCUUCGACAUGGACAGGACCUACUGCCCGAUUGCUCUGCUUCCCCUGCUCCUCUGCCUCUGCCUCGGCUCGCUCCGUGCCGGUUCCGCCGCGUCGAUCACCACCGGCACCCCCGACGGCUCGGAGCUGUGGGGGUACGUCGAAGUCCGGCCAAAGGCGCACCUGUUCUGGUGGUACUACAAGAGCCCGCAGAGGACGUCGACGCCGGGGAAGCCGUGGCCCACCGUCCUCUGGCUGCAGGGCGGCCCGGGCGCGUCUGGCGUCGGGCUCGGCAACUUCCAGGAGAUCGGGCCGCUCGACGUCAACCUGAAGCCACGCAACUCGACGUGGCUCCAGAAGGCCGACCUCAUCUUUGUGGACAACCCGGUCGGCGUCGGAUAUAGCUACGUCGAGGACGACAGCCUGCUCGUGACGACAGACUGGCAGCAGGCGGCGGACGCCACCACGCUCCUCAAGGCGCUCGUGAAGGAGGUGCCCACGCUGCAGAGCAGCCCGCUGUUCCUGGUCGCCGAGUCCUACGGUGGCAAGUACGCCGCCACGCUCGGCGCGUCCAUCGCCAGAGCCGUCCGCGCCGGCGAGCUCAAGAUCACGCUCGGGGGUGUCGCCCUCGGGGAUAGCUUCGUCUCGCCGGUGGAUUUCACGCUCUCGUACGUGCCGCUGCUCCUGAGCGUGUCGAGGCUGGACGACAACGCCGGUGACGAAGCAAACAAGAAGGCGGAGACGGUGAAGGAGCAGAUCGCGGCGGGGCAGUGGGCCGCCUCGCAGAAGUCGUGGAACGAUCUCCUGGCUUUCAUCGCCACCAAGAGCGGCAACGUCGACGUGUACAAUUUCUUGCUCGACAGCGGCAUGGACCCGGUGUCGGCGGACACACCGGCGGGCUCACCGAGCGCCGUGCAGGCGACCAAGUACUCGACGUACCUUGGCAGCCAGGACUCUGGCUCCAACACUAUCUACGGCAUCAUGAACGGGGUUAUCAAGCGAAAGCUCAAGAUAAUCCCCAAGGACCUCCAGUGGGAGGAGCUUUCGGAUGCCGUCUACUACGCUCUGGUCAACGAUUUCAUGAAGCCGAGAAUCGAUGAGAUUGAUGAGCUGCUGUCUUAUGGUGUGAAUGUGACGGUGUACAAUGGCCAGCUCGACGUGAUCUGUUCGACGCCCGGCGCAGAAGCAUGGGUUCAGAAGCUCAAAUGGGGUGGGCUGACGAGCUUCCUGAGCCUGCCAAGGCAGCCUCUGUACUGCGGCACCAGCAAAGGCACCAAGGCCUUCGUCAGAUCCUACAAGAACCUGCACUUCUACUGGAUUCUUGGAGCCGGGCACUACGUGCCUGCCGACCAGCCUUGUAUUGCGCUGAGCAUGAUCGGUAGCAUAACCCAGUCUCCAGCAAGUUAGUAGAUUCUUUGUGGUAUGCAAAAGAACACAAAACAGGGCUCAGGAAGCUAGCACAAGGACAGUGUAUCAUUCUUGAAAUAGUACAGAAAAGGUUGCAUGCAUGGAAAAGUAAAGGAAUUGGUGAUAAGGAACACUGUUGUGUUAGGAAAAGGUGGCAUAUUUGAUUAAACAAAUGAGAAAAACAACUUUUGUGAUU